AACACGCCUUAACAUCCAUGAAUGUGUCAAAAUUUCGUAUCAUGGCUGAAGACUGGCCAGGUCACCGUUUUCGCAAAUUGUAGGAAAAGCUCGUUUUUUGUUAAUUUUUUCAAAGUUCUAGACAGUAGAAGCUGCUUACAAACACAGAAAAAAUGGAAAACUUUCUCCCGAGUAUGUGGAAAGUCCGGGAGCUCGCCGAUAAAGUUACGAAUGUUGUUAUGAACUACACGGAAGUAGAGGCAAAAGUUCGAGAGGCUACAAACGACGAGCCUUGGGGCCCCACAGGCCAGAUAAUGCAGGAAUUGGCUCACUCCACCUUCACCUACGAGCACUUCCCAGAAGUGAUGUCCAUGUUGUGGAAAAGAAUGCUUCAGGACAACAAGCAGCACUGGCGAAGGACUUACAAGGCGCUACUAGUUUUACACUAUUUAGUGAAGAAUGGUUCCGAAAGGGUGGUAACUUCAGCCAGAGAACAUAUCUAUGAUUUGAGGUCCUUAGAAAAUUAUACGUACAUCGAUGACAUUGGAAAAGAUCAGGGUGUUAAUAUUAGGCAUAAAGUGAAAGAAAUGAUAGACUUCAUACAAGAUGACGAUAGACUGAGGGAAGAGAGGAAAAAGGCCAAGAAGAAUAAGGACAAGUUCAUUGGGAUGAGCUCCGAUACGAUUGGGAUGAGAUUUGGUUCCGGUCGCGAAAUGUGGGAUGAAAAACCAUACUCGAAAGACUCUAAUGACUGGGACAACGAACCCAACUCGCCGAACCGCUACAGAGACAAAACCUUCGAUGACGACUACGACUUGGACAAGGAGGACAGCGACACCGAAUCUCGCAGCGGCAGCAGCAACCACACGAACAGCGUCAAGAAAUACCAGGACGCUGAGCUGCCCAACAGCCCUACCCACGUCGAGCGAAAGGUCAACAUAAACAUCAACCCCUCUAUCACCAGCUCGCCCAAGAAGGUGGCCAAACCGCUCAAGAAGGUCGACUUGGGCGCCGCCGCGAACUUCGGCAGGGGCUCGACUCAAAGUCCCGUGCCUCAGAGUGACCUGCUCAACGACGAUUUCGACCCGCGGGCCCAGGAGGCGCCCUCCGAGCAGCGCAAGACUUCGACCGAGUUCGGCGACUUCGAAGCCGCUUUCGGCCCCCCUGCUGCGUCCCAAAACUCCGACGAUCAAUUCGCCGACUUCAGCUCAGCUUUCUCGCAACCUCCCUCUAUUCCGAACGCCUCGCAGUACUCUCCGAUGCCUAAUUUGCUCGGGCCGGGGCCCCAUGUCUUGCCGAACGUCAUUCCGCCCAGUUCUAAUACAUCAAACUUGCUCAACAAUCACACUUUUGGUUCGCAAACCGCCAAUCUGAUGGAGGGCGGCGUCACCGUCCAGCAGCAGAGUCAGAAGACCAGCAAUAGCGACCUGCUGGGAGAUUUGGAUUUCGGCAGUUUGAGUAUGCAGCCUCAGUCUAUGGCAACGCAACCGAACAACAAUUUCGGGCUGUUGGGAAGUCCGAACGCGAAUCUUUUAGACGGUUUCAGUUCAGGUACCGAGAAAGAUGACAUUCGUAUCAGUGAAAAAACGAACAGUGAAGUUAUUACAAAGAAGCCUCGCACUAGAACAAGAGACAAAGAACUGCUAGAUUUCCUGUACGCUUGCAUCGCCGACAUGGAGAAAUCGAAAAAGUUCACUUCUCAAUCCCAAGUGGAUGCCGUUGUACUCCAAAUAGACAAGAUCGUUUCGCUGCUUCCUGGACCAACAACUCCUCAGAAGCUACAGGGCAUGGACGGUGAUGUCUGCAGUGAGCGCUUAGAGAGUUGUUACGAAACUUUCGUUCAGACUUUGGUUCGGCGUUUCGACUCCAAUUUUCCUAUCGAAGGGGGAAGCGUUUAUGAACCCGUCAGGAAGUUAUUCGAGAUUGAUUGUCCUGAGUUUUACAAUAUAAAUUUACGUGUACUCGUGAGAAAUUUGAAUGAUGAAAGCUCUCUGAAAUUAUUGCAGCUGCUUUUGGAAGCUGAAGGUACUUUUGCUGUAACUUGCUCUAGCGCCCUGGUAACCGUGUUUGAGGAUGAGUUCGCCAAAGGGGAGUCUUCAACGGCCUGGGGAGACUUGGUGAAAUUACUGAUCUCGCUGCCAGGCAGAGUUGCUAACUUUACGCAAGGGAAAGUCCCCGACUUCUUCCUCAGCAGCAGCUUCUCGAAGUACCUUGUUCUUAAUAUACUGAAAACUGUGGAGUUUUUGACGGAGUUGCUAAGGUGCGGUUGUCUAAAGGAACAGAAUAUAAAUUUUGCACGAAUUUCGCUCUUGCUAGGCAAACUUCUGGUGGAUUUUAACGAAAAACUGGAGGCCGACAGUCUCAAACAUUUCGUGAUAAUCACAGCAAUCCUGACGAACCAACCCUCCGCAAAAGUGAAGCUCUAUCAGAAGAUAUUCCAGAGUAUCUUUUUGAAACUCGAUAGACCAGCCGUUCACAUCCUAGCGAAAAUGUUCCUCAUCAACGUCGAUCCCGAGAAGUACUUGAUGAAGGAGAUCUUCGGACAGAAACUCAUCGAAAACGCCAACUGGAAAUUCGCGCUGUGCACCAAGAUACCCUUGAUGACCCUUUUCGAGAAGGGCUAUUCGAAUCUAAUCACGAAUCUCGUCGUUUACUUGAGCUCAGCUUCGCCCUCCUCGCUGAUGAAGCUCUUCAUCGACUCGAUCACCAUCUGGGCGGAUAAAUCAUCCGUGAAUCGCACCAGUGUAGAGCAGCAGGUGUUCAUCGUCAAGCUGAUGAUCCUCAUCGCGAACGCCUUGCGAAACAUAGGCUUCACGGACUUUGAACUGGGUAAAGUAAAGGAAACAGUUUUCUCUGGUAUUCCUACUCACUUGGAGUCGCCCAUUGAGAUGGUAAGAGCUUCCGGAAUGAAAGCGGGUGAGGUUAUAGUGGGUUUGUUGACAGAUGAGGCCGGGACGGGUGCGGCAGAGUUGAAGUUCGAGUAUAGCAACCUCAGCGACGAAUGCAAGAACGUCAUUAACGAACUGCAAGGUUUGGCAGACAGAGAUAUCCAAGGUUACUUCAAGCCCAAGACUAAGUUCGAUAGCAUCGACGGCGAGUUGCUGCAACUCAGUAUUUCACAGGAAAAACCUACGGAUUACAUCCCUCCUGCGCGUAGCUUCGCUAAAAGGCCCGUUGUGGAACCGAAAAAUGAGGUUAUGGUCACCGAGCGUAAGCUAGACAGUCGGAUAAGGAUAAUAGACAGCACAGGGUUCGAGCUGGACUCUGACGAUGACUUGGAGCCAUACGAUUUGUCCAACGACGUGAAGGUCCCUAAAAAGAAACCGCCGGCAUAUCUAAGAGACCUGAGAGACGGCUUGCUGGAGGCUCAGGACCACGAGGUCUUCGCCAUCAGUCUGGAGACCUGCGAGGAUCUAAUCGUCAAGCAACUACCAGACGACGAUUGCUCCAUCGGGUUGGAGAUCUUGGAGAUCCUGGUGACUCUCGAGCCACGGUUCUACGUGGACAACUUUGACGAUUUGGUGUUCCGCAGCUGCGUUGCAGUGGUGUGCGUUUACCCGGGUUACUACGCGGAAUACCUCUGCAGGCAAAUACACGCUGACAUGGGAACUUACUCCGUGUCCAGGCGCGUCUUUAUGAUGGACGUCUUGCAGCAAACCGCUAGGAACCUGUCGAGUAUCAAGAAGGUUCAUGAAGAGACCGAAUCUAGAACUAAACGGCAAAAAGAUCUGCGCAGCGCGGAAGAUGUAGUGCGCAAGCGCCUGGAGGCCAAAACACGUUACUUUGCCAAACCCGGGCGAGUUGUGGCACAAGCUAACAAGUUUGCUGAAGUCGCGGGAUACUUCUUCUUUCCACUCCUCUACGGCUUCAACCAAAACAGAAUGUUGAGGGAGUCCACGCAAAACGACAGCGACUACGUCUUUCUUAUUCAUUUCGUGGACACCCUCGCCGUGGUAAUGUGCGCUUCACAGAAUUGCCCGGUCGCUCCGAGAAUGGCCAAGGAAAUCUUGCGCUUCUCGUGGUUCUUGCGGUUCCACAAGGAGGUCAAAGUGCGCAUGUCGAUCUUGAGUCUUAUCUCUGCGGCUGUUGUCAAUGUUCCGCAGGACGUUUUGGUGCGGGACUUCCUGGACGAGCUGUUCGAAAUCAGGUUGUGGCUGGCUGAUGUUUUGAGCCCGAAUUUGGCGCGCGGGGAAGCCAAUUUAGAGUGCAGGAAUUUGGCGGCGUGCGCAAUGGUGCUUGUAGAGGGGGUGCUUAAAGUCGAAAUCGAUGAUGAGGACCAAUAGUGUUGUUUUUAAAUGUAGAUUUUAGGUUUAAAGUGAUGCAAAAAGUUUUUAUUUUCAGUAAUAUACAUGAUUGAGGAGUCUGA